UUUCUUCCUUCUCCACAAUCUAUCUGCUUCCGCGCCCGGCGACGUUACAGUAAAGCCCUGCGAAAAUAGGUCUGAAAUGGGAAAAAUGCAGAUCUUGGGCGUAGUUGCUGUAAUAUUAGCAGUUUACAGCGUGCAUGCAAAGAUUUACUUUCGGGAGGAGUUUCUGGACGGCGAUGCAUGGACGAGUCGCUGGGUGAACUCUAAACAUAAAUCUGACUAUGGAGAGUGGAAACUGACGGCUGGAAACUUCUAUGGAGACGCUGAGAAAGACAAGGGUUUGCAGACAAGCCAAGAUGCUCGUUUCUACGCCACUUCUUCCCGUUUUGAGCCCUUUAGCAACAAGGGCAAACCUUUGGUCAUCCAGUUCUCAGUCAAGCACGAGCAGAAGAUUGACUGUGGUGGCGGCUACGUGAAGGUCUUCCCUGGUGACCUGGAUCAGACCGCCCUGCACGGCGACUCCUCAUACCACAUUAUGUUCGGCCCCGACAUCUGCGGGUACAGCACCAAGAAAGUUCACGUCAUCUUUAAUUACAAGGGCAAGAAUCACCUCAUCAAGAAAGAGAUUAAGUGCAAGGAUGAUGAACUUACCCACUUGUACACGCUGAUCCUGAAUCCAGAUCAGACGUAUGAGGUGAAAAUUGACAACGAAAAGGUAGAGUCUGGCAGUUUGGAGGAGGAUUGGGACUUCCUGCCUCCCAAACAAAUUAAGGACCCCGAAGCCAAGAAACCAGAGGACUGGGAUGACCGUCCUAAAAUUGAUGAUGCUGAUGACACAAAGCCUGAGGACUGGGACAAAGCUGAAAAUAUUCCAGAUCCUGACGCUAAAAAGCCUGAGGACUGGGACGAGGACAUGGACGGCGAGUGGGAGCCACCUAUGAUUCCCAACCCAGAAUACAAAGGAGAAUGGAAACCCAAACAGAUUGAUAAUCCCAACUACAAAGGAACCUGGGUGCAUCCUGAAAUUGACAAUCCUGAAUACAGUGCUGAUUCUGAAAUCUACAAGUUUGACAACAUUGGUGUGUUAGGUCUUGAUCUUUGGCAGGUGAAAUCCGGGACCAUCUUUGACAACUUCGUUAUCACGGAUGAUGUGAAAGAAGCAGAAGACGUUGGAACAGAGACAUGGGGUGUGACAAAGGAGCCAGAAAAGAAAAUGAAACAAGAGCAGGAUGAUUUGAAGCGGAAAGAGGAAGAAGAGAAAAACAAAGAACAAGAGACUGAAGCUGAUGAGGAAGAGGCUGAUGAGGAUGAUGAUGACGACGAUGAUGAAGAGGAAGAAGACACAAAAGAGGAAGCACCCUCAGAAGAUGAUGAUGAAGAUGCAACACCUAAAGAUGAGCUUUGAGGAAUGUUUGCCAGGUUGUUUUUUUUGUUUGUUUGGUUGGUUGGUUUUUUUUCUCCAAAUCUGUCAUCUUUCUUUAUUUUUUUUUCUUUAUCUGGCCCUACCACAGAAAAUUGUCCUGUAAUUCCCAGGGGUAUUGUGGCUGCUGUGCAUCCUUUCCCUGAGACGUGGACACAACCAAACUUUGGGAUCUGAUGUAGAAAAUGGGGACAAAUGGAUGUUAAUAGACUUUGUCUUCUUCAUUUUCUUAAAGUUGCUCUUGAAUUGCUUGAUAGCUUUUGUGUUUUUUCAAACAACAAAGUCCAUUCCUCAUUUUGUAAUAACAGAAGAAGUUUGCACUGAUGACACUGAUCUAAACAUCUCCCUUUAUUGCAGAUAUCCUUGGGUGGUUGCUUGACUAUAUUAUUUUGAAGAUUCAUGCAAAGAUGGUUGAGAUAAUUUAGAUUUUAAUUUAACCUGAUUUGUCAGAAAUAAAACAGAAUAGAGACAGAUAUUGAAGACAAAUGUAUUUUAAUUUAAUUUGGUUGUUUUUAUGCCACUUUUUUUUUUUCUUCACACACCUAUAAACAGUUGUUAAAUGUAAAUCAUUCUACCCUGAGUAGAUAUUACUUUGAUGUUCCCUAAUGUUAUGAGUUCAACAUGUCUUCAUGAGGAUGCCAUGGGAUCUGCAAUAUAAUCUGAAUGUUUAGAGAAAAUAUGAGCCCCCGGUGUGACUAAUGUAAGGGUUGCAUUAUUUUUACUGGACAGAAUGUUAUUGAAACCAAAGUUUUUAUUAAAAGAUUAUCACCUUA